AUGACCUCCACUAAAACAGAGACUUUUAAUUUGAUAACACUCUGCGUCAAAGCAGUUCUUAAUGUUCUUCUCUGCAUCUUCCUCUGCCCUCUAUUAUCCAUCUACUAUCUCUACAAAUGGUAUGAGCGCAGAUGCAGAACACAAGAAGCACGACGCGAAAACCCUGUAGCGGAAACCUCCGAAUUAGACGUUCUACCCACGAGUAACGCACCUCUCUCCGCUUCCACAGCCAUAACCGCGCCACUUCCUACAUUGGCUGCCCUGGAUCGAGUUCGCGUACACGGAAUCGUAUCUCAUGAUUCUACGGGGCGGAUUUAA